GCUCGGACAUCAUCGCGUUCGGCUCUGACGUGUUCCGAGCUUUCUGAGAGAGGAGCUUUGCCUCCGUCUUCUGGUGAGCUGUUCGGGAGAAAUCCGGCAAUGAGGGUGGCGAUGAUGUCUGAUCUGCUGACGGAGGUCCUGAUCCCCGUGGCCUCCGUCGUUGGGAUCUUCUUCUCGCUGCUGCAGUGGUACUUCGUGUCCAAGGUAAAGCUGUCGCCAGAGAGGCAAACGCGCGGGGCGCACGAUCACGGUAAGAACGGGUACUCGGACCGCCUCAUCGAGGAGGAGGAGGGGAUUAACGAUCACAACGUGGUCGUGAAGUGUGCGGAGAUCCAGAACGCCAUUUCGGAAGGAGCUACAUCGUUUCUCUUUACGGAGUAUAAGUAUGUUGGAAUCUUCAUGGUUGUUUUUGCAAUCCUGAUCUUCCUCUUUCUCGGAUCAGUGGAGGGUUUCAGCACGAAGAGCCAGCCCUGCACUUACAGCAAGGAUAGAACAUGCAAGCCAGCUCUUGCUAAUGCUAUUUUUAGCACUCUAUCCUUCUUGCUUGGUGCAGUAACCUCCAUUGUUUCUGGUUUCCUUGGAAUGAAGAUUGCAACUUAUGCAAAUGCCAGGACCACUUUAGAAGCCAGGAAAGGUGUUGGAAAAGCAUUCAUUGCUGCAUUUCGCUCGGGUGCAGUUAUGGGAUUUUUGCUUGCUGCCAAUGGUCUUCUUGUACUUUACAUUGCAAUCAACAUCUUUAAGUUAUACUAUGGGGAUGACUGGGAAGGCCUCUUUGAGGCUAUUACUGGUUAUGGCCUAGGUGGCUCUUCCAUGGCACUUUUUGGAAGAGUAGGUGGAGGCAUCUAUACCAAAGCUGCUGAUGUUGGUGCUGAUCUUGUUGGAAAGGUCGAGAGAAAUAUUCCUGAGGAUGACCCUAGGAACCCAGCUGUAAUUGCUGAUAAUGUUGGUGAUAAUGUUGGGGACAUUGCUGGUAUGGGAUCAGAUCUUUUUGGCUCAUAUGCUGAGUCUUCCUGUGCCGCACUUGUCGUUGCCUCAAUUUCGUCAUUUGGUAUCAAUCAUGAGCUGACUGCAAUGUUGUACCCCUUGCUUAUUAGCUCCAUGGGAAUUAUAGUUUGUUUGGUUACUACUCUGUUUGCCACCGACUUCUUUGAGAUAAAGGCGGUGAAGGAGAUUGAACCUGCACUGAAGAGGCAGCUCAUAAUCUCCACUGCUCUUAUGACUGUGGGCAUUGCAAUUGUUAGUUUCAUAGCCCUCCCAUCAACCUUCACAAUCUUUAAUUUUGGUGCCCAGAAGGUGGUGAAGAACUGGGAGCUAUUCUUCUGUGUGGCAAUCGGUUUGUGGUCUGGCCUGGUCAUCGGUUUUGUCACCGAGUACUACACAAGCAAUGCUUACAGCCCUGUCCAAGAUGUUGCUGAUUCCUGCAAAACAGGAGCUGCUACCAAUGUUAUCUUUGGCCUGGCUUUGGGAUACAAAUCUGUCAUCAUCCCCAUAUUUGCUAUUGCUGUCAGCAUUUUUGUUAGUUUUAGUUUCGCUGCCAUGUAUGGUAUUGCAGUUGCUGCUCUUGGAAUGCUGAGCACCAUAGCUACUGGACUUGCUAUAGAUGCCUAUGGCCCCAUCAGUGACAAUGCUGGAGGUAUUGCAGAGAUGGCUGGAAUGAGCCAUAAAAUCCGUGAGAGAACUGAUGCUCUGGAUGCUGCAGGAAACACCACAGCUGCAAUUGGAAAGGGUUUUGCCAUUGGUUCAGCUGCUUUGGUGUCCCUUGCUCUUUUUGGUGCCUUUGUGAGUCGUGCAGCAAUCUCGACGGUGGAUGUUCUGACACCCAAAGUCUUCAUUGGUCUGAUCAUCGGCGCCAUGCUUCCCUACUGGUUCUCAGCCAUGACCAUGAAGAGUGUAGGCAGUGCAGCUCUCAAGAUGGUGCAGGAAGUCCGCAGGCAAUUCAACAGCAUUCCCGGUCUCAUGGAGGGAUCUGCCAAGCCAGAUUAUGCAACCUGCGUCAAGAUCUCAACCGAUGCCUCCAUCAAAGAGAUGAUUCCUCCCGGUGCUCUGGUGAUGCUCACCCCGCUCGUCGUGGGAACCUUCUUCGGCGUCGAAACUCUAUCAGGAGUGCUUGCGGGCUCUCUUGUUUCAGGAGUUCAGAUUGCUAUCUCGGCAUCGAACACUGGUGGCGCAUGGGAUAAUGCAAAGAAGUACAUCGAGGCUGGGGCUUCAGACCAAGCCAGGGGGCUUGGACCUAAAGGAUCAGAUGCUCACAAGGCCGCUGUGAUCGGUGACACCAUAGGGGAUCCACUCAAAGACACAUCAGGGCCAUCACUCAACAUCCUCAUCAAGCUCAUGGCAGUGGAGUCACUGGUGUUUGCUCCCUUCUUUGCCACUCACGGAGGUCUCCUCUUCAAGAUCUUCUGGAAUGGAAAGUAGACAUAGUUUCCUUCCAGUCAUACCUACAUUACCUAAUCUCCCCCUUUGGAAAGGGAUAGUUUAUGCCUCUUUUUCCAGUUAUAAGGGACUCGGGAUUGUCGUCGAGUCCUGGUUGCUGAAAGAACAGCCAGUUUCUCCCUUUGUUAGGCUUUAUUUUGAUGAGGAUAAUAAUGAUGACAAUCCUAAAUUAUAUGCAGUUCAUGUUCCUAGCC